AAUAUCAAAUGUGUUACACUUGGGUCUCGUAAAAAUCUCUGUAUUAAUCAGAGUGUGACAAGACUACAAUCACUGCAUAGAAUUAACGACAAAUGCCUGGAUUUACAAAAAGAUAAAUCGUCCAAAUCAUCUGGCGGAUGUCCCUACCUUACCGAGGAUCCAGUGCAAAUGGUUACUUUUGAUGACACUAUCCACGCGCGUAUUCGUGAUAUCGAAGAAAUUGUUCAAGCAGGAAGAAAGAGUGCUACUUGUCCAUACUAUGGUGCUCGGCAUACAGCCAAAUCAUCCGAGAUCAUUUGUAUACCGUACAACUUGCUACUUCAACGAUCGACAAGAGAAUCAAUAGGACUUCGCCUUAAAAACAAUAUUAUUAUACUAGGCAAGUAUACACUUUUUUGCCUGUUAGAUGAAGCGCACAACAUUAUUGAGUCUGUAAAUUCAUUAUACAGUCACACCAUCUCUCUUGAUCAAAUACUCGAUUGCAAGACUCAUCUUUCUAAAUAUUUUGAAAGGUAUAAAAACAGACUGGCUGGUCGCAACAUGGUUUAUGUCAAACAAUUACUUGUUCUACUUGACACGCCCUAUAGUGCAGCAAAGUCAGCACAAGAGUCUAAUCAUGCCAUGUCUGUAAGCGAGUUUGUGGACAAGGCUGGAAUUGAUCAUUUCAAUCUCUUUAAAAUUCUCACUUAUCUUGAAAACAGUCGUUUACCAUUUAAACUUUUGGGAUUUGCUGUUUCAGAAACUCGUAAAGAAAAUAGCGAGACUGCCAAUUUUAUUCCUACAAGUGUAUCUCCGCUGUCAUUUAUGCAGUCGUUUUUGGCAUCAUUAACCGAUCCCGAUGUAAAUGGACGUAUUGUAUACAACUACAGCACAGAUCCACACCACUGCGUGUUUAAAUAUCUGUUGCUAAAUCCAGCCGAUUGCUUUGCACCUAUUUUGAAGCAAGCUCGAUCUGUGGUAUUUACUGGCGGAACAAUGUCUCCUAUCCAUGAUUUCAUUGAGCAGCUGCUUCCUUCUGUUCAACAUGAUCGACUUGAUGUUUUUUCUUGUGGACAUGUCAUCAAUUCUACGUCAUUGCUGCCUAUAUGUGUCUCGCAAGGACCAACUGGAUUGGAUUUCAAUUUUUCUCAUGAGAAGCGAGUUGACACAAACAUGAUGGACGAGGCAGGUGCAGCUAUAGCCAAUUACAGUAAUGUGAUUUCGGGCGGUAUUGUCGUGUUUUUUGUUUCGUAUUCUUAUUUGGACGCCAUAGUAAAGCAGUGGAAAUCAGGUGGUAUAUGGACCCGAAUAUCCAAAAAAAAGAAGAUCUUCAUUGAGCCCACAUCUGUUGGUGAGGUUGAUAAAGUGCUGCAAGAUUACUCUAGCACUAUUAGUAGAUCUCGUCAGACAGAUUUCAGCACAUCAACACUCACCGGAUCUAUGCUUUUGGCUGUGGUAUCAGGAAAGCUAAGCGAAGGAAUCAACUUUGCUGAUGAUAUGGGACGAGCAGUGAUUAUGGUUGGAAUUCCAUUUGCCAAUAUUGCUUCAAUAGAACUGCAAGAACGGAUGCGCUUUUUUGAUGUGCAGGUAAAUGCAAAAGAAACUGGAUCGGGCAUUACUGGUAAAGAGUACUACGAAAACAUUUGUAUGCGCGUAUUGUGCUUUGUAACAGGUCGCGCAAUCAGGCACAAGAAUGACUAUGCAGUCAUUAUAUUUCUAGACAUGCGGUUCAAGCGAGACCGUAUUGUAGCUAAAUUGCCGGAAUGGAUCCGUAAUUGUGGUUUGACAUUCCCGAAUCAGUUUGGGCCAUCUAUUGCCAUGAUUAGCAAGGUAUGA